GUGGAGCUUCUGUUCUGAGGCUGUUCAAGGGAAGCAACUCAUGUAAUGGGAUAGUGGAGAUGGAACAUAAUGGUCAGUGGACGAAGCUAUGUUUUCCUGCCUCACAUGCUGAAGUGGUUUGCCAACAUUUGAGAUGUGGAUUUGUCAUUAAUAUCCAUAAUGCUGCCCAUUUUGGAGAUGAUUCCAGGCCAUUCUUGAUCGUAGGAGAUAAAAGCACAAAUACAAAUUCAACAUGCUCUCACCCUUUCUAUGCUGGAGUGACCUGCACAGGUUGGGUUGACGAUCUGAAACUGGUCAAUGGAAGCAACUCUUGUGAUGGCAAAGUGGUAAUUACAUUUGGUAAACUGAGCUUUGCUCUGUGUUCUACUGUCUCACCUAUGAAACAUGCUGAAGUACUUUGCAAACAGCUGGGAUGUGGUUCUGUAGUGAGUGUCCAUAGUGCUGCCCAUUUUGGAGAAGAUUCCACACCAUACUGGUUGAUAGGAGAUGUUUGUCAGGGUAGUGAGAUGACAAUCUGGCAUUGCGCAACAUCAGCCUGGAAUAUAACCUCAACGUGCUCUCACCGUUUCCAUGCUGGAGUGAUCUGCUCAGGCUAUUCAAAGCCCCGGCUGUCUGGAGGAGAUAGUCCCUGCUCAGGACGUGUGGAAGUAAGACAUGGCGAAACAUGGGCGACACUAUGUGAUGCACACUUUGAUCUCAAAGCUGCCAGUGUUAUCUGUAAUGAAUUAGAGUGUGGAACAGUUCAGUCUAUCCCAGGAGGAGCUCACUUUGGAGAAGGACAUGGGCUGAUCUUGACUGAGGAAUUCCAUUGUGCAGGGAAUGAGUCACACCUGGCAUACUGUCGCAGGACAGCACAUGGGAAUCAGACGUGCUCACAUGCGGAUGAUGCCAGUGUCAUAUGCUCAUGGUACACAGGGUUCCGGCUGGUGAACGGCAGCACAGCCUGCUCCGGGAGGGUGGAGAUCCAGGUGCAUGGUGCCUGGGGAACCCUCUGUGACUCGCACUGGGAUCUAUCAGAUGCCAACGUUCUCUGUCAUCAGCUUGACUGCGGAUUCGCUGUGUCCGUGCCAGGAGGAGGGCACUUUGGGAAGGGAACCGGCUCUGUCUGGCCAGAGACAUUUCACUGUAAAGGGACUGAACCCCAUUUGUGGCACUGCCCUGUCACUGCCCUGGGGGCCUCUCCGUGCUCACACGACAGUGAUGCCAGUGUGGUUUGCUCAGGGUACACAGGGUUCCGGCUGGUGAACGGCAGCCCAGCCUGCUCCGGGAGGGUGGAGAUCCAGGUGCAUGGUGCCUGGGGAACCCUCUGUGGCUCGCGCUGGGAUCUCUCAGACGCCAACGUUCUUUGUCAUCAGCUCGACUGUGGAUUCGCUGU